CGAUCGUCACAAUUCUCGGGUGAAAGACAUGAUCCAAACACGUCUAUCUUUAAAAUUUACAGGUGAACUAAGUAAUUAUUUUAGUGCAACAACGGUUUAUUCAAACGUGAUAAGCCUACAAAUAAUAGCUGAUAUAUCCCCAUACACAGCGUUUCCCGUUGCCAUCAGUGCGUGUUCGGAGUUUUAGACCAGUAGUUGUGUUCUUUUGUGGACGAACCAUGAUUAUAUUUGUAUUUGUGAUAGUGUUAUCUAUAACUAACGCUACUUUACGACAUGGUCACGGGUCAAACGCUGUUGUGACGGACAAAGAAUAUUUGAAGAGAUAUGCUCCCGACUGGGACGACCUCGAUACCCGACCAUUACCAGAAUGGUAUGAUAGAGCUAAAAUUGGAAUAUUCUUGCAUUGGGGAGUGUAUUGCGUUCCUAGUUUUGGUUCUGAAUGGUUUUGGAGUAACUGGAAAGGGGGCAAAGCUAAAUACGAAAAAUUCAUGACCAAUAAUUACCCACCAGGAUUCACAUACCAAGAGUUUGCGCCAAUGUUUACGGCGGAAUUUUUUGAUCCUGAAAAAUGGGCGAAACUCUUCGCAAAGGCCGGAGCCAAAUACGUUGUUCUAACCAGCAAACAUCAUGAAGGUUUUACUCUUUUUCCAUCAAAGCGUUCGUUUAGCUGGAAUGCGCUCGAAGUUGGUCCGAAAAGAGAUUUAGUCGGCGACCUGGCCAGAACAAUACGUGAAGAGGGCAUGAAGUUCGGCGUAUACCAUUCUCUGUAUGAAUGGUUCAAUCCAAUAUACGAAGAAGAUAAAAAGGCGAAUUUCACGACUCAAACAUACGUCGAUACUAAGCUAUGGCCGGAUAUAAAACAGCUGAUCAAUGAUUAUAAGCCAUCAGUAUUAUGGUCAGAUGGCGACUGGGAAGCUUACGACACGUAUUGGAAGUCUACAGAGCUGUUAGCGUGGCUGUACAACGACAGCCCCGUGAGAGACGAAAUUGUCGUCAAUGAUAGAUGGGGUAUCGGCACUUACGGCAAACACGGUGAUUUUUUCAACUACCAAGAUAGAUAUAACCCUGGUAAACUUUUGAAGCAUAAAUGGGAGAACGCAUUUACAGUCGAUGGUCAAUCGUGGGGCUACAGAAGAAAUGUAGAGUUAAGCGAAAUAUUAAGCACCGAGGAACUGUUUGAACAAAUUAUAUCAACUGUUAGCUGUGGAGGCAAUGCUUUAAUCAACAUAGGUCCGACUAAAGAAGGCACGAUAGCCCCAAUAUUCCAGGAACGGCUGUUGUCUCUAGGCGAUUGGCUCGCUAUAAACAGAGAAGCGAUUUACAACACCUCCCCGUGGGACUCGCAGAACGACACGCUCAACGGAGAUGUUUGGUACACAUGCACUAAAACUACGUACAAUGCGAGGAACCCAAUAGCAAAACCGAGCAAAUUGGACUCUAUUACAGCUAUAUACGCGAUAUUUCUCGAAUGGCCUACAGAUGGGGUUUUGACUGUGAGGGAUAUUACAAUGCACCUGCAUAGCGGCAACUAUCAAGUGGAGAUGUUGGGGAAUGACGGAUAUUUGAAUUGGCAAAUCAGCGGCGGUGACGUCAGUAUACAGUUGCCGGACAAAGCCGAAGUGAAGUCAGAACACGCGUGGUCACUGAAAUUCACUUUGAAAUAAUACUAUAAUAAGCCCUAACCACCGAUGGCUUAAGUCUUGAGCCUCGACAUCGGAGGGUGAUAAAUGUUCUAAAUAUUUUUUUUAAUUAUAUAUAAAAAUGUAAAAAGGUUACUUUCAAAAUAAAUAGAAUUUCAAUAGUU